GAUAAAAUUUUUUACCGACCCUUUAACACGGAGAGCAGGAUAUGUUAGUCGUUCCGUACAGAAUUGUGAGAAGCGGUUCAUUUUUGAUUAAAUACUCCAAAUUAACUGUGCUGCUGGUUCUGAUGUUAUGCUUGUUAUUACUGUCAUUUAUAGCCGAUACUUUUUGUAUUUUUCUCAAGGAUGCUGAACGCCUGUACUUUUCUUUGUAAAUAGAAUGAAUUCUAAAUUCCAGUUGGUCAGCUUUCUUACUUUUUUGGGCAUACAUUAACAUGUCUAGUGCUUUGCUACUAUUAUAAAGACGCCUCGUGUUUUUGAUGUCCUUUUUCUGUGGAAAAUUUGCAUUUGUUUUAAUACGGAUGUGUAUGUGCAUAAAUAUCAUAAUACAUUCCUUUAUGACCAGACGUAUCGGAAACUGGGGCUAACUGCAGGCAUGCAGCUCCGCAUCGAGAGUAACCGGAUCCCGAGACUUCCUUCUGAGUCGUAAUAAAGUUGAAAACACAGAAGGGCGUAGAGACUGGAAGUGGCAGAACGGAACAAGGAGCUCAGCAGCAUCUUUCAGUAAAACACCGAUGUUCACCUUAUGCGUUUAAUAUUAAACUGUUAAAGAGGGCGCGUUUUUGGAAACGGGAAAUUCCAAUGGAGUAUUUUUGCAAGAAAUCUGACAUCACUGGGGCAGGAUCUUUCCGUCUCUCGGUUUGAGGUUGCAUGAACUUUUACAGAGUUGAUUUUAUGUAAUCAUACAUUUUUUCUGAACAACUGGAUUUUGGACACACACCGGGGUAUCCUUUCAAGACUCGCACGUGAUAUUUUUGUUGACAGAAAUACCAAACUGACGACGGCAUUCCUUUUCCUCGUUUCCAAUUAGGUGAUUUCUGGAGUCUUGCGGGCGUGUUGUUUGGCUGUGAUUUGAUCGAGGGAUUUAUAUGAUGGCCGCUUCUGGAGUACCGAAGAGCGACAAGUUGGACGAAGCGCAGGCGCUUGCGAAGAGCUGCGCCGGGAGACCCGACUUUCUCCCAUGCGAUGGACUGUCCAUCUGCGCCACUCACAGCCACGGAAAGUGCUUCAAGCUGCACUGGUGCUGCCACUUGGGUUGGUGUCACUGUAAAUAUGUGUACCAGCCCAUGACCAGCGUGUGCCAGCUCCCCAGCACCCCGGUGCCCGCCACGCCCUCCGGCAUCAGAAACACCAUCCACCUGUCCGUCUCGCUGACGGAGCGCUUCCUCAGGACCGCCCCCUGCUUCCUGCCCCCGCCCUGCCCGGAGUCGCCCAAGUACUGCGUCAUCUCCGACCUCUUCAUCGACGACUACAUCGUCAAGCGCAUCAACGGAAAGAUGUGCUACGUGCAGCGGCCCCCGCCCCCGGCCCCACGCCCCGCCCCCGCCCCCGCCCCCGCCCCCGCCUCCGCCCCCCCGCCACCCCCUCAGCAGCACCCCGGCCAGGCCCUGCAGGCGGAGAGCAAACCCGCCCCGCCCUCUCAGAAAGCCCAGGCGCCCAAAAUGGACCACUGCUCCUCGCCCUCCAGCUCGGAGGACUCCGGGAUCAACGCGGUGGGCCUGCACUACCUGGAGUCGUGCGACGAGGACUCGGAGGAGGAAGAGGACGACGAGGAGCUCAGCUCCGACGGGGACUCCAGCCCCAGCAGCCUCGGGGACCAGGACGAGUGCUCGCUGCUCUCGCCCUCCAAAUCCACCGUGGAGAUCAUCGAGAAAAUCGAAACGACUGUCUGACUCGGUUCUCCACCCCCCCCCCCCCUCUCCCGCGGGUCCCUCGUUAUUGGCGGACCGUUCACAGCGCGGCGCGGUCUGCGGCGGACCCGACGGGACCUGCACACGCUCACAGGAGAGGGCGGCUGCUGGGCUGCGCUG